UUUGAAGGAGCUGGCCCAACACUGCCGCCGCUGCACAUGUGGGGCGUAGGAGAUUGGCCUGCUCAUUGACGAGAUGCUGGAGGCCUUCGGAGACGCUACUGACAUCAUGGGUAUCCCGCUUUUGGACCGCGACAAGAUCCAGGAAAUCUGGAAAACACAGAGGCGCCACCUCCACUGCAUCCAGGACCCACCCGGCAUGCACCUGUACAUGCAGACUGGACGGCUGGUCAAAUGGGAGAUCACGCUACCGGUGUUUAGGUGUGCGCAAGGUUCAACUUGUUGGAGUCGUUCCACUUGCAUCUGGACCGCUUCAUACCUGGCACUUAAGCCAGCCUAUCUCCUGGAAGGCCUGGCGCGGUGGAACAAGGACCGUGCGGCACAAGCAGUGGAGGUAGCAGAUCAUAAUAUGGUCUGCUACAGUGGCCAACUCCAGCACUCCCUCAAUGAGCUGAGCGACCUUGUAUAUCACAAGAACCUGGUUGAGGAUUACACCUGGCCUGCAAAGUACACUGGUGAGAUGAGCUCAAUGGCGUCCUGUACCUUUUUUCGCAUACCGGUCGAGGGGCCGAUAGAGGAACCUCUGGACAACACCCUCUUCGGCCUUGAGGAGGACUUCGCCCAACAACCAUUGUCAUCUGACAAGUCCCAGUUGCGCCCUGCCAUCAGAGCCUCACAGUCUGGGCCAGCCGACCAGGAGACCUGCCCUGGAGACAAGGCCAUUCAAAGGGUGUCCCACGAGCCGUCUCUUGAAGCUGUGUCACCAUGCCUACGUGACGCAGUAGCAAGUGGCAGAGAUUGUCACCCUCUGGGAAGGUUGCCAGUGGGCGACAAGGCCCCAGUUUGCUUCCCGCCACACUACCAGGAAAGACUGGUGAAGGGGAGGUUCCGACGCAAGCACUUGGACACCAGUGUCACACCGUGUAUGGUUGGCCAAGGCAGCCAAGCUGCACAGAUGCCAAACAUCAGCCGCCUUGUGGAGGCCGUUUGUAUACAGCUGUCCAGGAUUCACCCUGAAGGAAGAACCAUCAGCGGUGUGAGGGUGAACCGCUGGGCAGCUGUAAUGCGUCAUUAUAUCUGCAUUCAGGAGAACAUCCUUACAAACCCGGUACUCAUGGCCCAGACACGUAUACAGUUAUUCCCCCUCAAUCAGCGCACACUGGCACAAUGGCACUACGCUCGCACCAGGGAGCUGGUACGGUGGGCUCUGCCCUUGCUUCGGAGCCCACCACUGCCAUACGCCCACGGGCCACGAGCCCCAAGCAGUCCACUGCAGAACAGUUUCAAUAUGCGGACCCACCUGACCUAUCCGGUCAGCUGAUGCAGCAACCUCGGGGCCCCGUGGAUGUGGCACCCCCCAAUUGUUGGCCACCCUCCAGUGCCACAAGAAUCACCCGCCACCCAGCCACUCCUCCCGCCAGCUGACACUGCCACUCCUCCGCUUCCUUCGGUACCCCACACCACUGCCUGGUGGCGGAAGAAAAAGCAGGAGGCAGAUGAGUUGGCACGACAACAAGGA